GAAGUGUUUGUUUUUUAAAAGGAUUUUUAUCCGCUUGAGGUUUUGCCGCCAGUCAAGUCUAUCUGCUGCUGUUACAUUGAGCCAAUUGAUACGUCGCUGCUUUUGAGAGGAUUCCAGUCGCAUUAGUUUUCAGAAUGUUUCCAGAGUCAAGUACCGGGAUCAGCUAUGAGGACUGCAAGGGCACAGCAGACUGGCUGUUGGCCCAGACCUCUGUUCGCCCCCUGGUGGGCAUUGUGUGUGGUUCAGGAAUGGGAGGACUGGCUGACAUGCUUAAAGACCAGGUGGCCUUCAACUACAAGGACAUCCCCAACUUCCCCCAGAGCACAGUGGAUGGACAUGCUGGUCGCCUGGUGUUCGGGAUGCUGAAGGGAAGGCCAUGUGUGUGCAUGCAGGGUCGCUUCCACCUCUACGAGGGAUACGCCAUCCAGCAGAUCACCCUGCCCAUGCGGAUCUUCAGCUUGCUGGGUGUUGAGACAGUAAUCCUGACCAACGCUGCUGGCGGUCUCAACCAGGACUUCAAGGUGGGAGACAUCAUGAUCAUGAAAGACCACAUCAACAUGCCUGGGUUCGCUGGCAACAACCCACUGUCUGGACCUAACGACGACAGGUUCGGCGUGCGAUUCCCCUGUAUGUCUGAUGCGUACGACAGAGAGCUGCAGCAGCUGGCUGUGGAUGUGGGAGAGGAGCUGGGCUACGGUGACUUCCUGCGUGAAGGCGUGUACUGUGUCCUGGGCGGGCCCUCGUUCGAGACCAUUGCGGAGUGUCGCAUGCUGCACAAACUGGGAGCUGACGCUGUCGGUAUGAGUACAGUUCAUGAGGUGAUUGUAGCGCGUCACUGCGGCAUGCGAGUGUUAGCCCUGUCCCUGAUCACCAACAAGGCUGUGAUGGACUACGACAGUGAGGAGAAGGCCAACCACAAGGAAGUCCUGGAGACAGGCCAGCACCGCUCCAUCCAGCUGCAGAAACUGGUCUCUACCAUGGUCACUCGCAUGGAGUACAACAACACCAACGCCUAAAUGAACGAAUGGAACCAACCACCAAUCUUAUAGAAAUAUAUUUCCUACAGUGGGCAUCCCCAUUUAAGUCCGUGGGGAGCUGAUGGGUUGGCUAGCGGCCAUUUUGAGUGUACCAAUGAAGGGUGCAGUCAAAUUGCCGUGAUCUGAAGGGCUAUUUCCCUUCUAGGAAUUAUAUUUAUAUUGUGAAACUGGCCCUGAAUCAGUAGAAACCGACCGCCUUGAAGCUAUGAAACCCAAUGACCUGCGUUUGACUUUAAAGUGCCUGAUCUGAGAGCUGUGUGAAACAGCC